UACAGAGAAUCUACACAAUCCAGGUCAGGCCACUGUUAGUACAAUCAAAGGCAGUUGCAGAUAAUAGUUUUCAGUCAAUUAAUCUACUAAUUUCAUCUUGGGCAAAGGAACUAAGAGCUAAUCACUUACCAGCAAAUGUACCCCAUCCUUGGCCUGAGGGACAUUUCAUUCAAAACUCUGCUUUCUGUUGGUUUACAUCAUACUUGCAGUGUUCAGUGCAAGUACACAGAUCUUUCCUGUUUAAUGUUUGCAUUCAGAUCUGUUGGAAGUAGCAAUUAAUAUUUGUUACAUAUAUGCUUGUAACUGAUUUCACAUAUUUAAAGCAAACAACCCCUCCAUCCCCACAAAGAAAGAACCAAAUAGAUAAUAUUAAGGAAAAAUUGAAAAGUCAUGAUUACUAAGGUAUUCAAGACAUUUGGGUGUGGCAAAUCUAAAUUAAACUACUUUAGGUGCACAAAAUUACCUUAUUGAGCCACAAUAUUAAUUUAUAGUGGUACUUGUGAUUUCAUAACAAAAACACCCUUUUCUGUGAGAUUUCUUGGUCAGGUAGUGAAUUUCAAGCAAAGACUCAACCAUGAAAACUAAGGAGCUAUGAAAGCAACUCCGGGUUAAAGCUGUUAAAGCAUGAAGUAGGAGAACAGCACAAAAAAUGUAAGCCAUCUGAAUAUCUCAGUGACCAUCAUCUACUUAAUCAUCAAAAAUGGAAGGGUAUACAGUGAAACCCAUAGUACCUGCAAGAAGCAAUGAUAUUGUGUCUGUUGCCAAGGCAAUGCACAGAGAGCAGUUUGGAGAGAGUGUGAAAAAACUGUUCGACCCAGAAACAGAUGCAGCUAUGAAAGCAAUUCAGACAGGCAUUUAUAUUGGAUGGAGAUGUCCAGACUAUUUGUGGGACUGUUUCCGUGUUGGAGAUGAGUCCAAGUGUUUCUGUGGACAUCGUCUGAAUGAACACAAGAGCUACACAGGAGGUGAUGUGCAAGUGUCAUGCAUUGUACAUUCCUGCCGAUGUGCAGCCUUCGCCUUCAUACCAUCACGGCCAGAGGAAGUGGGUGAAUUCUGGCUGAGGAAGCGGCCAGGCUUUGAUACCUCUGCUUGGAGGGCAGGGUGUCAAUGCAAACAUUCUCACGAGCAGCAUGACCCAACCACCCAUAGGUGUAAGAAGAAAGGAUGCCGUUGUAUGUUCUUUGAAUCCAGCUUUCUGUGUGCCUCCUGUGACAAGCACUGGGAACAACAUGAAACUUUCUUUGAUACUGAAGACUCCAGAAAAAAGUCUGGCCUUCCUUAUGGUGAAGCCUAUUUACCAUUUGCUGAGAUGCCUGGCCUGAGAAAUGCAGUCUUAACUGGAAAAGAGAAAGGUGAUCCAGCUUUCAAGUCCAUUACUGGAAUCCUGAAAUAAUUACAAUCAACAAUAUGCAAACAUCUGCCAUUAAAUCUUCCAUGCACUUCUAUUUUA